GCGCCAGGCAAGCAGGUAGUUGCGUUGCCAAGGGAAGUGGCUGCAGGUAAAAGAUUUAGACAGACAAAGGAGCAACCAUGGCGUCCACUUCAGAAAUCCAGGCAGAUGCACAGCCAUCAGUGCCCGACAGUUACGACCCCGGCGUGGAAUGCUGGGAACCCUUCGAGAGAGAAUACAGGAUGGAUCGGAAGAAUCAGGGCUUCUGCCUCAUCAUCAACGUAUUGCGUUUCAGCAUAGCCUCGUGCCUACAGCUGGAAGACAGGCGAGAGGACCUCUUCAACAGAAAGGCAAAAACCAUAAAGAAUACUUUUGAAGCUAUGGGUUUCAAGUGCGAAGAUGUCGAAUGCCGGACAUGGGAAGAAAUGAAAGAAAAGCUGAAUGAGUACAAAGACAAAAAACAGGAACUACGCGACAGCAAUUGUUUUGUCUGUUGGCUUUUGACGUGCCGAACCGAAGACAACAAAGUUGUCCAACUGCACGCGCACAACAGACCAAUGCAAGUGAAUGACAUCGUUGAUCCAUUCAUUGGAAAGAACUGUGAGGAACUUGUCGGAAAACCGAAACUGUUUUUCAUUGAGGCAGACCUUGCAGAGAAGAAAAAAGAAUCCACACUCGCUGACGAUAGAUCCCCCUCUGACAAGGCCCCCCACAAGAUACCUAACACCGCAGAUGUCCUCGUGGCGACCUGUAUGAUUGGAAAAGGGGACAUGCGGUACACAGAGACCGUUUGUGACGUCUUCGGCGAACACAUCACCAAGGAGCCAGUGAACGAAAUCGCAGUCCUAUUGGCCGAAGUAGCAAAUCGAAUUGGUAGUAGCAAAUCGAAUUCUGCGACCACUAGCCCGACCCAAUCCACACUUACCAAACACCUAUACCUGACAAAGAUGGACCGCUUGACAGACGAGACACCGAAAGAACCUUCUGUGCGCACCUAAUGCCCAAGUUACAUGCUGUCGCAAGGAAACCAUAUUUAUCAGCAUGCUGAAAGUACACUCUUAAAAAUGAACUUCACCACAUAGCACGCUCCUAGCCAACCACCAUC